AUGCCAACUAGACGCCUCUCUCGCUACACGUGGGCGUUGUGGGACAAAAUUUCACUCUCAGAAGUCGAUCUCAAAAAAUCAUCAUCAGAAGGAGUAGAUUCAUGUGUAUUAUACAAUUCAAGGGAAACUAUGACAACUGUUGAACUCAAAGACCUGAAAACUGUCCCUGAUCCAAUCCAUCAGUAUCCCAAAACUGUGAGAUCUUCAGCACUUCCGCUUGUUAUUGAUAAUGGAUCUUACAAUUGUCGAGUGGGCUGGUCUAUCAACAAGGAGCCGCUAAUGAUUUUCAAAAACAUUAUUGCAAAACCACGGAAGGAAAGGGGAAAGAAAGAUGGUGAGACUCAAGUAGGUAAUGACAUUACUAAUAUAGAAGCAGUGCGUUUUCAGUUGAAAACCCAGUUUGAUAGGAAUGUUGUUACUCACUUUGAAGCUCAAGAGCAAGUAUUUGAUUACGUGUUUUCUCACCUUGGAAUUGAUACUGAAGGUUCUGUUAAUCAUCCUAUGGUUGUGACUGAAGCUUUUCUUAAUCCUAACUAUUCAAGACAUUAGUUUCAUCCCACGUUUGCCUCCACAGGAGUUGGUGCAUGACCAAACAUUUGUGGCGGAGCAUUAUAUGGAGGAGUUGUCUCGAUGGGCUGAUACAGACUACUACGAAGCACAUGUGGUGCGAGUGCAGCUCCCUUACACAAUUGCUCCAGUUGCCCCAGGCCUGAGCGCUGAACAGCAGAGGGAGAGGCGCCGUGAGCUUGCACGAAGACUGGUGGAAAUUAAUGCCAGGAAACGAGAAGAGCGGCUUGCUGAGGAUGAGGAACAGUUGAACCAGUUACUUGCAGUGCAAGACUUGGUGGAAGAAGGGGAGGAGGAAGAGUUCCAGCAAGCUUUAGAUUCCUAUGGAUUAUCUAAUUUAGCUGAUCUUCAAAAAAUGAUUAGUCAGCUUCAAACAAGAAUUGAGAAAACACGCCAAAAGAUAGUUGCUGCCAAUACUACAGAGGAACCAAUUGUAGAGGAACCUAAAACAAAGUCAAAGAUAUUGAAACCAAAAGAUCAAGAAGAGCAAGAAAUUUUGGAUAAGCGUAAUGCACGACGACAAAGACGACAAGAUAUGGCUCGAAGAAGAACAGCAGCAGCGCAAGAAAGGAUGCGACUUAUCAGUCAACUUGCACGCAAGGAAAAAAGAGAUGAUACUUUUGGAAUGAGAGAUGAAGAUUGGGAUGUGUACAAGGCAAUAAACAAGGAGGGUGGUGAUUCUGAUAGCGAUGAGGAACAAAAACUCCUUGACCUUGAAGAGGUUCUCCGACAACAUGAUCCUGAAUUUGAGGAUCCUUCUGCUGGUAAUGCAGCUACAACUGCUGAAACCCAUCAAUUGCACGUCGGAGUUGAAAAGCUCCGAGCACCUGAAAUUCUGUUUCAGCCGUCAAUGAUAGGCUCUGGGGAAGCGGGUCUGGCUGAAACAAUAGAAUUCAUGUUGCGUGGUUUCUCUCCAGAAGAUCAAGCAGCGCUGGUUUCCAAUGUGUUCUUGACGGGAGGCUGCUCUACUCUUCCUGGCUUGGAAGCACGACUUAGAAGGGAACUUCAGGAAAUGAGACCUUUUAAGACAACAUUUGAAGUUACUCUAGCGUCUAAUCCUUCUCUAAAUGCGUGGCAUGGUGCUAGAACUUUUGCUGCAUCAGAUAUGCUACAGAAAUAUCUAAUGUCUAGAGAAGAGUAUGAGGAAAAUGGAGGAGACUAUUUCAAAGAGCAUAGUGCAUCAAACUUAUACUAUCCCUCUCCUGUUCCGCUUCCACAAGCUGAAGUGCCUGCACCAUUGGGGGGGGAGGAUAUUGAAAUCGACCCCUUUUAAUGUAUUUUUAUUAAAUAAAAUAAAACCAUAUUUGUUAUUUUUUAAAUUUAUUAAUUAAAUCAAAUGACAUAUUCUUUUCAUAACCCUAGAAAGUGGUGAAAUCAUAGGAAUGAACCUUUCUUGGACAUUCAAUGUGUGUAUGCUGAAACUAUAUUUUGAGGCCUUUUUAUCUUUAGUUUGCAGCAAUUGCUUGUUGUGAGGUUGUCGAUUCUUCAACUUUUGAAACCUUCACCAGACGCUGGAUUUGGCAGUGGAAGAUACCGUAGCUUAUCAAUCUGGUGGAUGAAAAUGUUUGUUGGUUAGUCUCUGUUUGAUGUUUAUAUUCUUUUACGUUUAGAAUUAUGGUUUUUGAUCUAAUAAAGACACUCAGUUGUGGUGAAUUUGCUGCAAUAGAAUUGUAGAACAUCACACUACAACAAGAAAAACGUUUAAUAUUAGCAUAACAAAAAAAUUUCCAACUUUUAUGUACAUAAAUGUAAAAAUAGUUCCUUAAUAUUGGGAGGGGAAAAAACAAACAAAAAAGAAACACACACACACCCUCCAAUAAUAAUAUUCCAAAAUAUUUCACCUAGAAGGAAUGCUAGCAAUAUAAGUUCAAAAAAUGUGUUAAAGUAAUUAAAAUCUGCAUAACAUUGCAUAUUUGAAACAAAAUAUUUUUGGACUUGCAAAUAAUUAAUCUAAAUUUCAGGGCCCAUAUUUUUAAAAUUAUUUUCUCAACCUCAUCGUUUCCCAAAGCCUUCAAGGGUUCUCUAAAGAGAAAAACUAUUUGACAUCAGAAAAUUACAUUAAAAUUGACAUUGUUUAAAUUUUAAAAAUUGAUUUUGUAAGAUUUAAUUGACACAAUUCCUAAUAAUAUAAAUGCUGCUAAGUUAUAAUCCUACAAUUUUGAAUUGUGGAAUAUUGCAUAAAAUACCAGUUCCAAAGAAGACAUUGGUGUUGAGUUUUAAUUAUUAGCAAAAAAUAUGACCUGCCAUCAACUUUCUUACUUUGGCUACUUUUUAAGGUUUUUUGUUAAUUUGAUGAUGUUGACUAUCAAUCAUCACAAUUAAAUUAGUUCAUAGUAAACCUCUUUUUCUUUCCAAAUUCCGCAGAGUAAAUCAUGCUUCCAAUAAUAUUUUUAAUAGAAUCUGUAAAUUUGUUAAUAAACUUUGUCACAACAUAGAUUUUUUUGGAUCCUGACUUUAAGCGAUUUGAAAACAACAAAAUGUUCUAUUUAAACAUGCUUGAUACCAAAUAUUAUUUUCUUACAAUGCUCUUAUCCUUUUUAUAGCUAUGAUUUUAUUUAACAGAAUGAGAAUCAAACAAAUCAAAAACUGAAAACUAAAGACUUAGUUGAGGAAAUAGAAAACUCUCAAAGAAAAUUGCAAAAAAAUAAUGAACAAUAUCAGAUGGCCAAAACUAAUAUGGAAUUAUAAACUAGCGGGGAACAGAGAUGUUGGAAAACCAGGGAAGAAGUGGCAACAGCAGGAAAUACCUGGAAGACCAACUAACAAGAAUACUGCAGAAGUAAUGGAAAAGGCUGUAAACCCCUAAACACCUUUCAGUUCAUGAUGAUGAUUAUGACUUUAUUUCAAUUUUUGUAAAACUUCUCCUCAUGAAUGUCUAUAUUAUUAUUCACAAAAAAUAGUUCCUUUUUUAAGGUGCACCUUUUGGAGGUCCCAUUAGAAGACUUUUCUCAGAAAUGGUAAUCAGAUACCUUGAUAAUUCUGUAUUAUCAAAAACUGACCAUUUCUUUUAUUGACGCCUUCCUCAAAUUAAAAAAAGAUUAUAUAGAGGAGACUCGAAAAUUUCAAAAAACUCAAUCCGAUUACACUGUUCACUACAGAAAAAAAGAAAAUAAUGUUUUUAAUUUUUUUGAUUUUUCUGUUUUUAGAAAAAAUGAAAAUAUUUUUACAAAUCGGUACAGGAAACCUGUAAAUAAAGAGAGAAUUUUCAAUUAUUGUUCUAAACAAACAUUUAAUCAAAAGGUAACAAUUACCUAUAAUUUAAUUGACAGGUAUUAAAUUGCCUGAUCAUAGAUUCAAUUACCACAAUAUCCACAUUGUAAAAUCCAUACUAGCCUUCAAUGAUUAUUCUCCAAAAUUUAUUUUUAUAUAUUUUAUUUAAAAAUAAAGAUUCUAGACCAAAGAAUGUGUCAGAGACCUUGCAUAUAAAACUAAAUCGAUCUUUAAAUACCAAUUCCUUCACCAGAAUUUACAACGUGCUAUUGCAAGUUAACAAUAAUAGAAUUAAAUCAUACAUAUUCAGUGAAAUGAAGGUCUCAUUAUCUCUCAUUUCAGUUGAUUUUACCCCACUCUCGCUCUGUCAUUCUUCUCCCCCAGCUCCUUCCUCAACGGUUGAACUAUGUUUGCUCAUAACUAACUCCAUUGUCAGAGGACAGCUGAAAAUGCACACUUCUCACAGUGUUUUCAGUUACUGUAUGCAUUGUUAAUAAUGUAAAUAUUUUUUUGCUAGUCAUUAAUUUGCACUCCAGCUUGAUUACUGAUAAGAUCAGCUUCUGUCAACUUAUGCAAAAUGUGAUAAAUAUGAUACAAAUCUUUAUUAAUUUUAUGACUUUUGACCUGUAGUUAAAAGAAAUUCUUUAUAUUUUCUGGUAUUGUACAGUGCACAAUAUCGAUUGAAACUUUCGAUCUGUAGUUAAAAAUCAAGUAUUUCUGUAUGUCAUCCAGUAAUGUCAAUUGUAGCAUGAUUUCUUUAAACCAGAGGCCUGAAGAUGGCUAGAAGAUAACAGCCGAAACAUUGCUAACUCUAACUUCUAAUCAAUUGGUGAAUGUCUUAAAUUAAAAAAGAAACCGUUUUUUAUUAAAUUAAAUUUUUGGAGUUUUUAAUAUUUUGUACUUAAAUAUUAUUUUUUCUUUUUUGAAAAGGUUUUGUCCAUCCCUUUAUUGAAGUAAACAAAUAAAUUCUUACCCACUGCAAACUGAACAAAAGGACAGUAUGAUCAACAGACCAAACUGUUCAGGCCGAGGAAACACAACGACAAGCACAGAUUUGAUCAUGUCCAUCGCCAUAUUGAGCGAAUCCUGAACACCAUUCACUGCUCCUCGUUUGUUGUCUUCAAUUCUCUCCUGCAUUACCUGAGUGAUUGUGAUAUCAGUUAACCAGAGGCCUAAUAAUGAAAAUUAAACAAAAAUAAUUAAUCCUAUUUCAUAAUGCAGAAAACAUACAUACAUUCUCUGUUAAUGGAGUUUUCAUGUUUUUGUUUUGUUUUUGAUAUCUUUGGGGGGGGGGGCUUGUCAGUGGUAUGCAUUCUCACUAUUCAGAACCCAGGAAAAUAAUUCUGAAUAAAAUAUUGUACUGCGUUUUUCUUACCACUUGUGUGUUUUCAUGACAAAUGUAUUUUUGAUAUUUCUUGUAGAAUAAUGUGCUCAACAGUUUGUAUAUAUAAUCUCCCCUGAAUACUCACAGGAGAGAGAAUUACAACAUAACAUUGUGAAAGGGGAAUUAAAGGCCCUUCAAAAAUAAUGUUCACUAAUGCAAGUAUCUCACAACCAUGAUGAAACUGAAAAUGGGAAAGGGGGCAAGAAGUUUUUGGAAAAUAAAUAUUCUCAAUAUUUUUGUAAUAUGUACUGCACUUUUAAUGUUAAAUAUGUGUAAAUAAGUGUCCUAAUUAUUAAAAAAUGCAUUUCCUUUUAUUUUUGAAGAAUUACAUUAAAAUGUACAUAACUGUCAAACUUUCGUGAUUGAUAAACUUGUGUGAUUGUAAUUAUUGUAUCAAAAGUAAUAUCCUGUGAAUAAAAAAAUAAAAUUUAUCACAAUUUUUAAAGGAAUUACUUUAAUUUAAGUCAAAAGGGGGAGGGGGAUGAUAUGGAACGUUCUUUUUGGAGAAAAGGGAAUAUGUAAUCAGUUGUUACAAAAAAAGGAGCAGGAGUUUAAAAGAAUUUGUGAAUAUCAGUUCUGUUUCUUGCAAAAAUCACAUUUAGUUGUACUUGUAUUAAAUGUAAUACGUAUAUUGUAAUUACGUAUUACUCUAAUUACCUAAUAAAAUAAACUCAU